AGCAAAAGAACAACCAGCCAGGCAGGUAGUGGGAAUGACGUCUCCCUCCACUCAUAUGUGUGAACGCAACGCAUGAAUGUACACAUGCGUAUGCAGGCAGGCUCGUGUGGCCGGUCGGCCCUUAUAUCCCCGCCUCCUCCCGGCUGAAUGGGUCAAGGGGAUCAGGCGGCGCCUGAUCGUCCCAGGGGCCAACCUCCGUGGUGUCGACGGGGAUCCGGCGGCUGUUUUGCCGACCGACAGCUCAAAAUUUGGCGUGUUCUGAGAUGCCACCAGCUUGGGGGCGCUGACAAGGACACACAGAGACACCACAAAGAGGGAGACCAUCCAUCUGUACAUCCCGUUUGACAAGUCAUAUGUGUACGUGUUCGUGCGCACCGCACCCUUUGUUCCAUUUGUGCAGCUCGACUCUGAUGGGGAGCUCGCCGUACUUGUUCCUUGCCAUAAUGAUGUCGACAAAGGUCUGCCACCACGGCAUGGCACGGCACAGCAUUCCAAUUUGCGCAGGUGUAUGCAUGUUUUGUGUUCACGUGUGUGAUGUGUGGGCGUGUUGUGUACCUUCUUGCUGCUGUCUGUCCAGGCGCCAGAAUUGGCGUAGACGAUUUGUUCUUGGCCUUUGUCGUACUUCUGGAACUUGCGCAGGUAGUGGUCUGCGUGCACAUGAUUCCAGCCGUCCAUGAGUGACCUUGAUGGCUUCCAAGGACGUACCGUGGGUGUGUCCCAUCACAGUGACGGUGGCGUCCUUCUCGCUGCACACGAAAUACUCCUGGUUCGCUGUCGAGCCCUGCAUAUGAGGAAGUGGUUGGUGCACAAACGCGCGUUGGUCUGAGGAGUGUAGGUGAAGGCGUACGAUCAGUAACUCCUUGAUGUAGUCCUCAGACAUCCCCUGGUUUGCAAACCUAUCGCAGACACACACAUGCACACGUGUGCGUGUAUGCGGGGAGGCGCAAUGACAGUGAGCUCACUGUCCGGGCAGCAGUGCAUAGUCCCUGCACACACAUACACAUACAGAUGUGUAGAUGUGUGUACGGCAAUGCGCGCGCCAUCUCUGUGCACAUACUGAAUGAUGCUCCACAUGCUCUUGUCCGGGUACAUCAUCAGCGAGUCGCUCAUAGUGCCGUUGGAGCCGUACAAAGCGCGCUGCGAAGACGAACCCAUUCACGUGUGCAUGACACAUAUCGAUUCAUACGUACAUCGGACCGCAUCAGUACACGUAUGUAUUUCAUCUGCCCGGUGAAGUAGAGGUGUUUCAGUUCCUCCUCGGAUGGUUCGUGGUCGUAUUCACACGCCCCCAGCAUGAUCGUCUUCCUGCAGGCGAACACACAGGCAAAAGCACCAGUGCCGAACACCUGUGAUGACUUUCGCAAGCUAGCUACGGCUACGCUAGUUUUGGGAAGCCUUUUCGUGUGCUGAAGACAAGGGAGACACGGAGACAUCCCAGUGCACAAGUGAAGUUAUUCGGGUACAAGGCCCUUCACUUACAAUCGUUCCAUGAACUUGCGAGUCAGAUACUUUCCGAGCCAUGACCGCCUGAUGACUCUGAGAGAGACAUAGCACGUGUUCAUCGAUGACAGCACCGUUCUUGAUGCGUCGCAUACGUACAUGCAGGUAUGCAUACCUGAGUGUGCCUCUGACAGUCUCUGAGUAGACAGGCAGUGCAAACGGGUCGUCAGCCUCGGCAAUCCUGUCCAGCCAAAUUUGUACACGUGUGUCCGUGUUGAUGAAAAUAGGUCUGUUUUAUGUGAAGAUCGGCGGCACCAGUUGGGAUGCUCCGGCGUGUGCUCGUCGAUCCACUCUCUGCAAUGAAAUGGAGGUCUCAGCACAGGAGUGUGUCACCUUCCUUCAAAGCAAAGUGCCCGUGUGUACUUGACAGCGAGAUAAUGGGUCGUAAACCAGUUCGCCAGAGCGGCGAAUCCCUGAAAAUAAGUAUAAACAACCCACUGGAAGCGGACAUCUUCGAAACCGCAGGUACCUUCUGUUUUUUGUUCUUUUUCUUCUCGGCUCUGAUCUCCUCCCGCUUGUAGUGGUCGGCCUGGCACGCAGACGCAGGACAAACAAAGAGACCUAAGUUACAGUGGCGUAUGGAACUCGCCUCACCUGGCAGCGAGAGACGUACUCUCCUGCCAAAGCCAUCCCACACACAGAGCAUUUUGUGUUCGCUGGCUGCGGUGUGUAUUCUUUUCUUCUCUGGCGUCACUGACCACCCAGCCGUCUUACCGUACGAAGGGCGACCCAGGGGAUCCUGUAUGCACAACACAUACGGUGUGUGAUCGUGUGUGGUGUGUGAAUACUCGUACCGGUCGGUUGAAUAUGUCUGUCAGACGAGCAAAUACGGAGACACACACCAGUCAGAUCAAAGAGGCAAGUGCAUCCCUGUCGUACCGUUGAAAUGUCCGUGCUGCAUCUUGACGAGUGGGAGAGAAUCCGAAGGGAAAUACAGGAAGUCGCCUGGGUAGUGGACUGAUGGGCCUGCAAGAAUGAAUGUAGUAUCCCUUCAUCAACAUCAACGGACAAAGGCGCGUAUGUAUCCAUCACCCCUGUCUGCUGUGUGUACUGACCGAAUAGCUCUCGGACCAGCUGCUCACUGAGGCGGUCGUCGUGGUUCCCUGCACGCAAAAUACGCGCAUGCUGUGUGCAGCCAUCGACGUGUGUCAGCGAGAGAGCCGAUUUGUGUACCUCUGAGGAUCCAGACCUCGGCGCUUGUUUCAGCCGCUAUCUUCUUGAUGGACUCGAUGAUCUCUACAGGACAUACGGAUGUGUACACAUGUAGAUAUGCAGCCCAUGUACAUGUACAUGUGUGCUCAGGCGCUACCUGGGAAGACCACGCCGAAGCGCUCUACGGGAUCAGUCAGGAUCUGCGCAUUAUGACACAUACAUUCGCGUGAGGGCAUGUCUACAUACGCGUGUGCGCGGCUAUACACUGCGAAUCGUGGGGGUUUCCUCGUCCUGCAAAGAAACAGUUCAGUCCGUGCGCUGCCAAGGACGAGACACAUCUCUCUCUCUCUCUUUCUGCUAAGAUACCAGAGGUGUAAGCCAAGCCUCAAACACAUCACCUGAACGCACACACGAGAGGUGCAGGAGACCGUACGCGUGCAGGUGGAGAUCUGUGUGGACCUAGAAACACAAUAUGACUGAUUUUCUCUUCAGAGAUGUAGCUUGGCACGGCGUGGUACUGAAAGAAUUGGCGCACGUCAGCGAGGGUUUCGGCCUUCUGCGUCCUGCAGGUCAAAAACAACGGAAAAGCGCACACUUGACGGUAUGGUGCUGGUGGUGGUUCGUUGAAGAGAUCUGCCAUACCGCGGGCUUCCGAGAUGCAUAUCGCUCACCUACAAUGGCAAAUGGAUGCAUUCAACCCGGUACAUACCUUGAUGGAUCCUUUUCCUGCGAACCACACGGAUCUUCGAGAAUUCAGGUUCGGUCGCGUUGGCGGCCACACGAGCCUGCGCACCCACAAACAGAGUCGUUUGCCAGAUGCACACCGAGAGGGUGGGCGCCGACCUACCCUCAAUUGCCUACCCUACUGCCCACGCACCUGCAGUAGGGAUGCUGCCUUCACGUUGAUAUUGGCAUUUCUCACGCGAAGGGCGGAUGAGUGAAGACUGGCGAGGAGGAUCAAGGUGGAAAACACCACAAAACAACGCAUCUCUUGGAAGGAUGGAAGGAUGGGAGGAUAGAGAUG